AUGGGUGAGGCAGCGGCGGUUACGCUACCGUCGGGUGAAGAUCUGGUCAUCGACACGCCGCUACGCCCGGCUGUCCUCGCUGCACACAUCCCGUUCUCGCUCUCGGUGGCAUCUGGCGCGGCUAUCAAUGUGACGGUCGCUCGCCAGGGCUGCGCACUCGCACACUCGCCGGCGGCAUCGGAGAUGGUCGCCACAAACGUGUCGGUUGUCUGUCGCGAUGAUGCACCGCUCGGUGCGGUUGUGGUGGACGGCGCGCCGCUGGCGCUCCCAAUCUCGCCGCUGCCAUCGGCGUGCUUUGUGUGGUCACCGGUGGGCAGCGCGCGCGCCGCACUCUCGUCGGUCCUCGGCACCACAGAUGCCAGCGGCGCGGUGGAGCUCACGGUCAACAUCUCGCUGGCACAGCUGCCGCGAUCGGCGGUGUUUGACGCCGGAACUGCGGCGGUUGCCGAGGCGCUGUCGCCUGCGGCCGUCGUGGGAGUGGGCGAGACCCCGCGCCUGGCUCUGCUCGAGUCGCGGCGGACCAACCGAGUUGUUCUUGCGCUGGCCAACGGUGGCGAGGCCGAGUUUGAUGCGAGCGCGCAGGUGUGGCGGGCGGCAGUGAGCGCGAGUUGGGAGCCUGGCGCGGCUCCGCGGGGGCUCAACGAGCCCACUCGUGUCGUCCUCGGCCUUUACUCCCUCGGGGUGAGGCUCAUGGGCUGCUCGGUGGCGGACGCGGUGCUCGAGUUGUCGGUCGGUCAGCUCUCGCCGGCGGCGCUGGUGGCCGCGGGCGCAGCGACUGACAUCACCGGCGCGGCAUUGACGUGGCCGACGCGGACCGACGGUACCUUUCGCACCAUGCCACAUCCGUCGGACCCGCGGCACCUGCUCCUUCUUCCGACGUCUGUGAGUGGCUCGAGUGUUGACAGCGUACUCUACAGCCACGACGGGCUCGAGACCACGGCGCUUCUUCAGCUCGGCUGCACCGGAUGCGCAGCGCUUCGCGACCUUGUGUGGACCAGCGGCGAGGCACUGGCAGUCGCGCUGACCGACACGGGCGGAGCGGUGCUCCUUGACGCGCGGCGCGGCAGCGAGAUGAUGCGCUGGCAGGCGUCAUCGGGCCUCCCUGCCGGUGUCACUGACGCGCUGGCGGCGCCGGCCUCAUACGAUUCGGCUAUGGGACCGCUGGUGGUCGCAUACAGCCACAGCGGAGUGGCCAAUCCGGUCGACGCCGCGGUGUACCUCUCUGUUGACUCGGGGCGGACGUUUGUCCACAUCGGACUCAACAUUUCUGCCGCACAGCUCGCGCCCGACCUCACCUCGGUCCGCAUCGUCGACCUGAUCGUGGCGCCCAACUGCGCCACAUUGCUGGCGAUGGUGGCCAUCACGACGCCAUCAAGCUCGCCAGCAUCGUUUACAGUGAUCUCACUCAGAAUGCAGACGGUGCUCACCUUUGAGCCGGCGUGGAGCCGAGAGUCCGUGCUCCCGGUCCUCGCCGAACCGGUCCGGAUGUACGCCCCGGGCGACGGCUACGGGGUGGCGACGGUCUCGCCGGGAGGACUGUACGUGUUGCUCGGGUGUGGCUCGAGCUUUGUUCCGCUCUCUGGCUCGGGCUCGAGCCAGGUGGGCGCAGCAGCGUCGGGCGCGUACGUGGCGGUCAUGUCUUCGGGCGCGCUGCUGAUGGGGCUCUCGUCGUCGACGCAGACGGCAGCGCUCGGCGCGUGGCCACUGGCUGUGCCUGCAGGCGGAGCACUCACCCGGGGCAUCUACGUCAACUCGUGGCGGUCGCCGCUGGUGGAGACAAGUUUUGGCGCACUCGGCGCGCCGCGGAUGACGGUGUUCGACGUUGCCAGUGCGGCGCCAUAUGUGGGCAAGAAGGUGCUGGCGGUGGAAGCGAUGGCCAGGACGUAUGCGACGAGUUCGCCGCCGGAGCCACUGCCACCUGCCACCUGCUCGGUGCCUGCGCUCUCGCAGAACGACGUUGCCGGCAUCGAGUAUGUCGACGCCGGGCGGUCGCUGGUGGUCAAGUCUGUGGGCGAGCCUUCAUUCUCGGUCCUCCGCGCCGACCUCUUGCAGGUCCGGCAGCAGGCCGCGGCGACAUUCAAGGUGACCGAGGCCCCUAGCGCGGCGGCCGAGGGCAAGGGUGUGGUGGGACGAGCGGACCAGGGCACUGUGGUGGUGACAGCGUCGGACGCGACGCCGACGGCAUGUUCCGCGUCGCAGAUGUCCUCGAUUGUGAGGGUGGGUUGUCCGCCAAACCGGCACAUCCGGAUUCGCGGCCUUCCGACGUCGUGUUCGGCCUCGAUGACGUAUCGGGUCGACUCCAAGUCGACUGUCGACGGGCGGAGCCUGGUCCUUGCGUACGACUUUGAGAAGCUCGGGUGUCCGUUCGAGUUGUACUACGGGACCGAUGCGUUCCGACCGGUACUCGAGCUGUACGACGGCGACGAGUUUGUGGAGAGCGUGCCUGGCGAGUUUAUCAUCCGCGAGGUCAACGGGCGUAAGGACUGGGGCUACGCGGCCAAGGUGUCUGACGCCGGAUGCAACGCACCGCCGCGGACGUGGAGCCAGGCGCGGGCGCAGUUUCCAGAGCGGGCGCCGAGCGAGGCCUGGCUGCCUCAGGACCAUGUCAAGUGUUUUGAUCCUGCGCGGGCGGGCGGGCCGGGCUCAGUCUCGUCGUCGGAGCCAUACCAGAUUUUCGACAGCUCGUUCAACGGCAUCCGGUUCACCGGCGAGCUCGGUGGCAUGUUUGUCUUUGAGGUCCGUGUUGUCGAGCCGGCGUACUCGUACUGCAAUCUGACAGCGCAGUUUGGGGCCGACGUGUUUGGCGAGCCGCUCCCGUCGUGGGCGCCGCUCACGAUUGUGUUCUCGAUUGUGGGCCUCUCGCUCGUCAUUCUCAUUGCCUCGUACUUUUUCUACUCGGCCCAUCUCAAGCGGACGGUGGGCGCCAAGGUUGGGACGCACCAGGCCGGGCCGGCGUCGCCGUCGGGCCCUCGCGGGCGCAUCCAUCCGAUGCCAGCCAAAAAGACACAGUAAGACGAGGACAGAGCCGA